AAUCCAUCCCAUCCAUGCCCUCGAAAAAUCCGAACCUCCUGACAAUUUCACGCCGCUCAAAAAGCAACUAAUACACAAUUAUCUCUCUUCCCACUUUUUUUUCUUUUUUAUUUUUUCUGAUUCAUCCCCGUACAAUUCAAUUUCACUGCCUCGGGCACCUAUAAAAUGCUCUACGGCCUUGCGCAACUGAGGAGAGGAGUGUGAGGAACCUUAUAUUCUUCUGUUCCGAUCUAAGAAUCGGAUCUCGCCACCACCUCCAACUACCCAACACAAUCCGAGCAGGUUGAAAUCAACUGAACGUCAGACAGAGGAAGAGGAUUCCCAAGAGAAGGGAAAGAGGAUAAAACUACAGAAUCUGCGGUCCAUUCCAUCCAUCGAAUAGUUCGUUGUAGAUCCGGAUGAAACUAUUCUUCUCUAACACACUUCCUCCUCCCUACCAUGUCAAAUAUCCCCACCUCUCCCUCUGAAGUCCGCCUUACUGUCUUCCGUCUCGCCAUGUCCAGCAGACCCAUGGCCUUUCUCCUGAACCAAAUCAAUUCCAGAGAGCUUCUUCAUACAUAGUCCAUCAUUCUAUCCCCCCCCCCCAUUCCUUUUCUCCCUCUUCUUCUCUUUGUACAGUAACAAACUAUGAGAAAAACGAGAGGUUUUAAGCUGGGUCGCAAGCUCGUUACAGUGUUCAAAUGGGUAUUCAGGCGGAAGAGCAAGCCGGCUGGGUACCUACGGUUGGACCUUCCUAGCUGCAAAAGCAAGGCCAUAUCGAAAAUUUUGGACUGGGGUCGAUGCCUGAAGCGUGGAGCCAAGGGACUCUGCUCUUGCACCAAUUUAGCUUCCGAGUACACUCGCUUCGAUCGGGAGGCGUUGGACGAGAAGCCGGUGACAGUCCCGAAAGGGCACCUUGCGGUGUACGUGGGUCAGAAAGACGGCGACCCCCAUCGGUUCUUGGUGCCGGUUAUAUACUUUAAUCACCCCCUAUUUGCACAAUUGCUGAGGGAGGCUGAGGAUGAGUAUGGCUUCCACCACCCAGGCGGAAUAACGAUACCCUGCCAGAUAUCGGAGUUCGAGAGCGUGCAGACGAGGAUUGCCGCAGGUGUGAAUUGCCGUAAAUCAACGUGGAAACGUCGAUUGUGAAUAGUUUUGUGAUUUAUUACAGUCAAGUAGUUGAGGAUGACGAUGAUGACAAAUUGAUGAUCAUGAUUUAGAUAGCCCUUGGUUUCGACUGUGGUUCAUAUAAAUUACUGGGUGUAACAAACAAAGGAUUUAAUUUUGAAGUAGGAAAGAAUACCUUUUUUUUUUUUCUUUCAGGAUUUUCUCUUUUAUUUGCCUCUGUUUUUUCGUGUGUCUUUUCCUUUUUUGGUAAAUAGAAUUCUAUAUUCAGUAUUCA